AUGACGAGUAACGCAAGCGCCUCCACGGCGCCCGCAGCCAACAACAAGCCGUCUCGCACAGCCAACACGCCCCCCAACCGACUGCCAGCGCCUACACUUUUCGUAGGGCCUCCGUCCCGCAAUGCUUCGCAGCUGUCCAUCUCCCGAACCAAGACAGACGACCUCAAGCCCAAUCGUCCCGAUCCCCUCACGAGACAAAAGUCGGCGCUCUCGCGACCGUUCAAUGCCGAUUCCACCGGCGAGGACGCCACUAUACCGCCGCUGAAGAAGGCUAGUGAAGAGAGGGUGGAGGCCAAAUGGAAGGAAAUGCAGAGCACACUGAACGAGGUGGAGCUGACAGCGCAGAGCUCCACGCACGUCUUUGGCGAGAGGCACGCGGCGGCCUUGGACCAGCUGCGACUGGCACAGGUGGAAUUGGCAAGGGCAUGGGGCCGAGGCAGUGAGAGCAAGGCGACAGAAGCAGAGACUGCCGGAACGGGGCCGUCGGUGAAUCGCUUCAAAGGCGCGGAGGAUCUCGCACUGGAUCGUAGACAUGCCAAUGGACGGAAGAGAGCAGACACGGUGACCAGUGCCUCGACCGCUUUGUCUGACGAGAGUCGAACGACCGAAGGAGCCAAUUCACCGGAUGGACGGAGUCAGCUCGAGGACGAGACGGCGCAGGACAUCAAGCUCGCGAGUGAGCGACGAGCGGCGAAUGAGGCCUACUUCAAGAAGGUGGAUGGUGGAGUCAAGGAUGUUGUCUCCAAGCUGGAGGUCGUGGCCGAGGCCAUGAGGGGCGUGGAAAGCGAGAGCAGGAGUUUGUGGAGCAGUUCGGAUCGCAGCGAGGCGAGUUUGGAGGCGACUCCAAGGCGAGAAUCCAAGGGCAAGGGCAAUGCUGAUGGAUGA